AUGGAAAGCUUGAGCAUAGAAAAGAACAGCACCCCCUUCGGGAGGUCUGAAUACAGGACGUUCAACUCUGAGCUAAAUUAUACGCUGAUGGAUUCCUCAUUAAACCAUUCUUCAAUAUUAGAUAAUUCUAUGAAAAUAGAAAAAGAUAGUAGAGAUAAGAGAUUACAGAAAUUAAAUGAGAAUAUUGUUAGUGAAUAUGAGUCUGGAAGACAAAGUGUUGUUUUUACUCAACAGAAAUAUAAACAAUUAUUAGAAGGUUUUUUAUUAUUUGUACAAACAAAUAAAUAUAUACAUCAAAAGAUUACAGAAUUAAGAACCGAAGCUAUUGAUGAAUAUAACAGAAUGCAAAAUAAAAACAUACCAAAUAUCAUAAUACAUCAAAGACUUAUAUGUAAUAUUAAUAAUUUCCAAACAGGAAAUGAACAAUUUGAAUUAUUAGCAAAAUGCCUAAUUAAAGAACCUUAUUUAGCUUUACCAGCGUACCAAGCUGCCAUAAAAGAAUUAUGGAAAUCUGAAGAUAGUAAAGUAGAUAUCGAUCCUCCUAAAAUUGGUAUAUGUGGAUGGUUAGGUAGACAUCAUGUAACACCCAGAGGUUUACAAAGUUCAAUGAUAAAUAAAUUAGUAGCUGUUGAAGGUGUUGUCAAUAAAUGUUCUACUGUUCAACCGAAAUUAGUACAAUCCGUUUAUAUAGGUGAAGCUAUUCAUGAUAUUAAUGCAGAUGCAAAAACUAGCGAGAAAACUGUACAUCUAAGACCUCAUUAUGAUAUAACUGAUUUUGAUAAAACAGCCAAAGAUUCUGGUAGACCUCCGGCAUCAGAUCCUGAAGGAAGAAUUAUGCAUAAACAUGAAAUUGGAUUAUGUAAAUAUAAAAAUCAUCAAAAAUUUGUUAUUCAAGAAACUCCAGAAGAUGCCCCAACCGGACAAAUGCCUAGAUGGGUUGAAGUCAUUGUAGAAGAUGAUUUAUGUGAUAUUGUUAAAUGUGGUGAUCGUGUAAGAGUAUGGGGUGUAUAUCGAGCAAAUUGUGGACAAGCUAAUAGCACAAAUAGUGGAUUAGGUCGCUCUUUUUUAAUAGCAAAUAAUGUAUUAGUAAAAAAUAAAGAAACAUACGAUUCUAAUUUAUGUAUAUCCGAAGCAGAUAAAAAAAAUUUCCAUGCAUUUGCAAAAAAAGAUAAUACUAUUGAUGUAUUAGGUUAUUCAUUUGCUCCUUCUAUAUGUGGUCAAGAUAUUGUAAAGAAGGCUAUUGUAUUAAUGUUAGCUGGAGGAACUGAACGUGCUUUACCUUCUCAUCAUAUUAGAGGUGAUAUACAUAUUAUGCUUGUAGGAGAUCCAAGUUGUGGAAAAUCACAACUUUUGCGUUAUGUAAUGAGUAUCAUGCCAGGUACCGUUUCGGCUACUGGAAGAGGAUCCUCGGGAGUUGGUUUAACAGCUGCCAUUGUUACCGAUCAAGAUACAGGAGAACGUGUAGUUGAAGGAGGAGCUAUGGUUAUGGGAGAUAGACGUGUUGUAUGUAUCGAUGAAUUUGAUAAAAUGCAACCAACAGAUAGAGUUGCUAUACAUGAAGUUAUGGAACAACAAACUGUUACCGUAGCUAAGGCAGGUAUACACACUACAUUAAAUGCAAGAUGUACUGUGCUGGCAGCUGCUAAUCCUUUAUACGGUUGUUGGAAUGAUGCUCUAGAUAUGGGGCAACAAUUACAAUUUGAACCUUCCCUACUUUCUCGUUUUGAUUUAAUUUUCUUAGUAAGAGAUAGUGCUACCGAACAAGACGAUGAAAGAAUAGCUGAAUCAGUUUUAAGAAAUGUUACUGAAAAAGCUAAACCUAUUAUGAAUGAAAGUAGAAAUAAUCAAAAAAAUUUUGUUAUACAAGCAGAUAGUUAUGAUAUUAAUCCAAAAGCACAACACAUAAGUAUAUACAAUGAAAGAGACAUAAAUCAAAAUAAUGAUAGUAAUAAUAUGCAAGAAAAUGAAGAAUAUGAAACUCCAAUAUUUGCUAAUAGAGAUGAAAUGAUUUAUUAUGAUAAAAAUGGUGUGGAACAUGAAAUUCUGACAGUUCCUUUUUUUAAAAAAUAUUUACAUUAUGUUAAAAAUAUAUUCUAUCAUGAGAAACAAAGAACAGAUGGAUGGAAGCCUUAUCCAGAAGUUAGUGAUGAAGCUUGUGAAGUUAUUACAGAAUUAUAUGCUGAUUUAAGGGAAAGAGCAUCCAAGUAUUCGCACAACAAACUUAUACAAGGAGUAACACCAAGAACAUUAGAAGCAAUCAUACGUAUAGCUUCAUCUCAUGCAAAACUAAAACUAAAUAGAUAUGUAACUAGUGUAGAUGUUAAUUAUGCUAAAAAAUUAUUAAUGUAUACUUUAUUUGGGGAAGAAAUUAUUGAUUCCAAUGAAGAAGAAGAUGAAGAAGAAGACGAAUUAGAAGAAGACGAAUUAGACGAGGACGAUGAUGAUGAAGAAGAAAAAUUAAAAAAGAAAAGGAGACAAAGACAAAAAAGAGCAUCUAGAAAAAGAUCUGGCGAAAAGAAAGAUUUAGCAAGUAAUAAAAAGAAAAAGAAGAAAUCUGAACAAGUAGAUGAAAAUGGAAAUGAAAAUUAUAUGAUUGAUGAUCUUCCAAGUAAUAAAAGUAAUGAUACAUUAGAUAUUAAGGAAAUUGAGAGAUUAAUUGUUGAAAAUGUUACAUUGAAUGACCCAGGGGAUGGAUUAAAGGAUGUGGAGUUACUAGAUUUGAUUAUACUCGGCAACAAAGAUAAAAUGCCCGAACUGUCCAAACUUGAUAUUAACCAACUACGUCAAAUAAUAAAUUCAUUAAACGAUAUGGAUGGAGCACCAAUUUAUUAUGUAAAGAAGGAUAAAAUAGUUUAUAAAUGUUAA